AUGAAGCAUGUUAGGACAAUUUGUAGCUGCCAGCAAAUGAUAUCGGAUGACCUGUUAUUGGGUGCAUGGUAUUGGCCAGACGAAUCAAUGGCACGAGAACCUGAGCCCUUCAACCGUGCGGCACUCAAGACUGGUCAGCAGCGCUUGAAGGACGCUAAAAAGAAAUACCAAGCAGAACUGCUGAAACAGAUGCAAGAACGGGCAGCAGAGCGCGAGUUGGAGAAGUCUAGGAGAAAGCAAGAAGAUGAGCAGGAGAGAAUUCGUCUAAGCAGGGAAAUAGAACAAGAGAGGCUUGCAAAGGAAGAAGAAGACGCAUGUCAAUUGAUCAGAUCGAAGCACCUAGCUGAGGCGAACGUCGCCGCAGCUCGACUGCCGAAACAGCAGCAACCACACCAGACCCCAAGUACACCUUUUGAUGCUGAUGCCUUUAGCAGGCAGGCGCCAACAGGAAGCAACCGGAUUAUGCGCAGUCGAGAAGGUAUUGACCAGAGACCUCGGGAAAACACCAUUAGUGCUCCUUCCGAAACAAUAUUACAAAAAGACCCAGAAAAUGAACGAAGAGGGCAUGAUAUUCCCUGUGACAGAUUUGUUCAGCAAAUGCCUGUUGGUGGGGCUGAAGCUGAACGCUGCCUGUUACUGGGUCUUGAGGCCCUUCAAGCUGAGGUGAGGAUGCAAACGGAGGAAAUGCGCUAUCUAAAGAAUCAGCAGCGGCGUGUGCUUCAGCACAUCCAUCAAGGCACCGCAUUUCGCAGCACGUGCUGCGAGCGCCGUUGCUGCCCCGCAGAUGCAGGGGAUUCUUGUGUUUGGUACCCCGCAGCACACCCCCGCAGUACGGCUGUGAAUACUAAGAUAACAACUGAGCAGAACGCACUUCGAGAUCAAUACGCUUUCGCCACUACGGUCCUUAAAAACGCGGGAAUUCCUGACCCGGAAGGCGUGAUGCGACGACUUGCUGAAAGUGGAGCUAUACCAAUAAGCUGCGGCCCUGAAUGCCCUGGAGUGGUGCCCGUUAACCGCCCCUCGUGCCAGUAUAACACUGCAGCACCAGGAAGGCCGGAUCAGCUAGAAGAAGGGCAUUCUACGCGGGACGGGCAACUGUGUGGGGUUCCACACUGCAGUUCUGUUAGUAUGUCGCUCUCACGUGGCUUGAGCAACACUAGCUGCUGUUCAAUCCACACAGGUACACAUGAUGCUCUGCCACGAGCGAAGGAUGAAUACCCAAACAUCAAAAGAGAAGGCACUCAAACUGAAGAUCCGGAAGACCGCCCGCUACCGACUCUAGUGAAGCGUCUACAACAGCCAGUUCAGACGCAACAGCAACCCGUUUCGCACCUUGGUGCUGGCGUGGUCCACCAGCAGCGAGAGCAACUCCAUCCACAGCCCACAAACAAUGUGAAGCGCCCAGACGCCCUAGCGGAGAAGGAAACAGAUACGGAUGCAGACGUCGAUGCUCAAGCCAAACGGGAACCUGCAGGCGAGCGAUCGUGCAGAGAGGCAGCGAGAACAAAACUGAAUACCUCUGCUGAUAUGCCGGUUGAUCGGAGAUGGCGCUUUAACGAAUUGUGGGCAUGCUUGUCUCACGGCUUCCCCCCGCCCCCUGCCCUUGGCCACUUUAUUCGUGUAUCUGAUAAGGAUGGUGAAGAUGCACUAUCAGAAAGUAACAGCUGGUGCACCAGCGAAUGCGAAUCCGAACUUCCUUGCCAGACUAUUCUUCUCCAGCAAACACCAGACUGCACGACUCCACCCGUCGGAAAACGACUACAACAAUGCAUGGCAAGGCAGUUGGAAACGUUCUCAAAGGAUGGAUGGCUCCCAAGCAGCCAAAUGGAGACGCUAGAAGAGUCAACUGCGCAGACAUAUAUGCCUGAGGAGCAAGGCCAUGUCAGCAGGCCAGCACAAGCGCUGUAUGACGGAUUUGUUUCAGUGGUAGGCGGCGGGAUGGCAAAUGAGGCAAUUAGUGUGGCAAGUGAAACAGCUAGACUAACAUCGAGCAGAAAAACAGAAGUCAGUUUAUUCGAAAAGUCCAAUGGUCCCCAGGAAAGGCAGCCACUGGAAUCCUCGGCUGCAGUGGAUAUUAGUGGAAGCACUGGCAUAAUUCGGGAAGACCAACUGUGUUCGACUAGCGACCAGCAAAUAUACAGGGCAUUAAGCGUCGAUGCUGCCCCCUUAAAACUACAGCAGCUUCGGCAGUGGGAUUCCCAGAUUCGUCACAGGAGAGAUUCAAAUCGAGACUAUCAUGGGAAGCUGACACGGCACUCCCUAUGGAUGAAGGAUUCCCAGCCAAAUCACACGUCAGGAGAGAAGUGA